CAGCGGGCUAAGUGGUCUGUUUCAGACUACAUUCACUUGACCUCCCAAUAUGGCGUGUGUACGGGCUGCUGGUGUUCUCUCUAGAUUAACAACUGCAAGGUAUUCUCUUUUUACAGGUUUCACAUGUCGCAACAUUAUGCUUUCUUCUUCUAUAACGGCCCGAAGCCAUAUCAACUAUGAGGUCAAAGGAGAUGUGGCAGUUAUACGAUUUAAUACUCCAAACUCCAAGGUUAACACAUUGUCAAACCAAGUAAAUUCAGAAUUCACAGAAGUAAUGAAUGAAGUGUGGGCCAAUGAUGCAAUCAAGAGUGCAGUGCUAAUUUCAUCAAAACCAGGAUGCUUUAUUUCUGGAGCAGAUAUCAACAUGAUCGCAGCAUGCCAUACUACCGAAGAAGUUACCCGUUUGUCUCGAGAAGGACAACAGCUGUUUGAGAAGAUGGAAAAGUCACCUAAACCAAUUGUAGCAGCAAUUAAUGGGUCUUGUUUGGGAGGAGGAUUAGAGGUUGCUCUUGCUUGUCAGUACAGAGUGGCAACAAAAGACAAGAAAACUGUCCUGGCUACACCUGAAGUUCUGCUAGGGCUGCUUCCAGGGGCUGGUGGUACACAGAGACUGCCAAAAAUGGUUGGCCUCCCUUCUGCUUUUGACAUGAUGCUUACAGGAAAAAACAUUAGGGCUGACAAAGCCAAAAAAAUGGGACUUGUUGAUGUACUUGUGGAUCCAUUGGGCCCUGGCUUAAAAAGCCCAGAAGAGAGAACAAUUGAAUAUCUUGAGGAAGUUGCUAUUGAAUGUGCAAGAGGAAUUGUAAAUAAAAAAAUUUCUCUCAAAAAGGAAAAGGGGUUUGUUCAAAAAGUAACUGAUUAUGUAAUGAACAUUCCAUUGGUAAGGAAUCAGAUCUACAACACUGUGGAGAAAAAAGUAAUGAAACAGACAAAAGGGCUAUAUCCUGCUCCAUUAAAAAUUUUAGAGGUAGUUAAAACAGGAAUUGAGCAGUCCACUGAUGCAGGGUAUUUGGCAGAGUCACAGAAAUUUGGGGAACUUGCAAUGACUAGGGAAUCUAAAGCACUUAUUGGUCUCUAUCAAGGACAAGUGGCCUGCAAAAAGAAUAAGUUCGGAAACCCACAGAAAGAAGUUCAGACACUAGCCGUUUUGGGGGCCGGUUUGAUGGGAGCAGGUAUUGCACAAGUUUCUUUGGAUAAAGGACUACAUACCAUUCUUAAGGAUACUACUCUGGGUGGUCUUGAAAGAGGACAACAGCAGAUAUUUAAAGGGUUAAAUGAUAAAACAAAGAAGAAAACUCUUACAUCUUUUGAAAGGGAUAGCAUUCUUUCCAAACUUUCAGCCCAGCUAGACUAUAGUGGGUUCAAUAAGGCUGACAUGGUUAUCGAGGCAGUUUUUGAAGACCUCAAAAUUAAGCACAAAGUUCUCCAAGAAGUUGAAGCAAUGGUUCCUCCCCAUUGUAUUUUUGCCACAAACACAUCUGCCCUACCCAUUAAGGACAUUGCUUCUGUCAGUAAAAGGCCUGAUAAAGUAAUUGGUAUGCACUAUUUUUCUCCUGUGGAUAAGAUGCAACUUCUAGAGAUUAUAACUACAGAUAAAACCUCAAAGGACACAACAGCUUCUGCUGUCUCUGUUGGCCUUAAACAAGGAAAAGUUAUCAUUGUUGUGGGGGAUGGUCCUGGUUUUUACACAACAAGGUGUUUGGCUCCCAUGUUGGCUGAAUCAAUAAGGAUCCUGCAGGAAGGCGUUGAUCCUAAGAAACUGGAUGCUCUUUCAACUGGCUUUGGAUUCCCGGUUGGUGUUGCUACUCUAGCUGAUGAAGUAGGCAUUGAUGUUGCUGCUCAUGUUGCAGAGGAUUUAGGAAAAGCUUUUGGUUCAAGAUUUGGUGGUGGCAAUGUCGAAGUUCUGAAAACGAUGGUUGCAAAAGGAUUCAUGGGCCGCAAGUCUGGAAAAGGAUGUUAUAUUUAUCAGGAAGGAGUGAAAAGCAAAAAUGUGAACCCUGGACUUGAAGAAAUUGUGGAAAAAUUCAAACUUCCUGUAAAUUCUGAAGUGUCCAGUGAUUCAGAUAUCCAGUACCGCCUUAUCUCUCGGUUUGUGAAUGAAGCAGUCCUGUGCCUGCAAGAAGGUAUUCUUAGCAACCCGGUGGAAGGAGAUAUUGGAGCAGUUUUUGGUUUAGGUUUUCCUCCAUGCCUGGGAGGACCGUUCAGAUUUGCUGACUCCUAUGGAGCAGAUAAACUUGUUGAGAAAAUGAAAAAGUAUGAGAAUGUGUAUGGAAAUCACUUCACACCUUGUCCUUUAUUAACCGACUAUGCCAAGGAUCCCAGCAAAAAAUUUCACAAAUAGCAUCAUGUAAAAGUAUUGACAGAUAAUAUUUGAAAGUCCUGUGACAAAUUUGUAGGCAGAUUAAACCAUGGCUUUGUUUCAAUUGCGGGUUAUUUUGUAAAGAUAAACUCUUAACUAUAGUGCCUUACUUGCCUGGGGCACGAACUCUCUUUAGCGGAGCUUUAACAUUAAUUCACCAUCCAAGAAGGAAAGUAGAUUGCAGAAAAAUAAAACGUUGGCACUUCUUUAAGGGUCAGAUAUGAGAAGAGAUCCUUUGCAUAAAAUAACUCUUUCUAUGCACUAAUUGUUGAAUUAAGGCCAUUCCUAUUGGUUGUAUCAUUGUAAAUGCUUCAUAAAUAAAGCUAAACAAUUUUGGAAUAUUUAA